AGUGAGGAGCUACGUGGCCCAGCUUGGAUCCCUGCUCUCUUAUCGGCUGCCUCAAGAGAUUAGGAUGCAAGGAAAUGGUUGAGGGGGCAAAGGCUGUGUGCUGCGGCAGCACCAGGCUUUGGAAAACAAACAUGGUUUGGAGGGUGCCCUUGUGCAGGGCACUGGGGCGUUUGCCAGCUGGUUCUGGGGUGUGGUGAUCUCUGGAGCUGCCUGCAAGUGCCAUUGACAGGAGCUCCUUAUUCUGUACCGGGCGGGCAUCUCCCAGUAGACAGGCCGAAAGCAGCAGAUGUUCCACGACCUGGUGCUCUUUUAAGGGGAUCAAUCCUUUGCUUCCUGCCUAUACAAUGGUCAGUCAACACCCCUGGGUGCCAUCGGCGAGUCUGCAUCUAAACACGUGUCCACUAUCAGUGCCCUCUUGCCCAUAGUGCUUGCAGGCUCAGAUGACGUUAAGUGUGUAAAUGCCAACCCGCAGCUCUGCAGAGGGGGAAAUUCAAGCUGUUUCUUCCUGGCAGUGACUGAGGUAUAGAAGGGAAGAGGGAUCUCCGGCCACUCUUGCCGCCUUGUUGCGCCUGUUUGCAAGAACCUGCUUGCUCACCAGAUCAGGUGAUGGCCUUGCAGGCUACGGGCAAGCUUUCCAGGGGCUGUCGUAUGUGUUCUGGGCACUUGGGACUGUAGCAUGAGAGCAGGGCUGGCAAGUGGAGGUGGAAGGGAGAGGAGCCCUUGUGAACAGAACCAUCUUGGUAUGAAGACUGAGAACAAGACUGAGGGAGGCGGAAGGUAGGUGGCACCUUUAAGAGGAAUUUAAUGCUGACACAUGGGGGGACCCCAUCAGGACAAAACCGCCUCUAAAAUCCUGUCUCUCAAACCUGCUCCCUCAGCUCAGACUUGCCUUGGGUUGUCAGCCUGCAUCCAGAUGACUGAUGCCUCCAGCUGUAAUCCUCCCUCUCCUGUUACCCCCUUGCUUUGCUUUGCUGUUGCAGUAAGAGGCAAUACUGACCAGCGCACAUCUUGACAAGGUUUCCUAGCAACCUCCUUCUUCUGCAGGGCUGAAUGACAGCUGGAACAGGAGAGGCGGGCUAAUUGAUGAGCUUGCCCUGGGAGUCUAUAAAUACCUGAAAUUGCAAGGCAACAUGGGUCAGAAGGUCACUGGUGGGAUAAAGACUGUGGAUAUGAGGGACCCUGUAUACAGGCCACUGAAGCAGGAGCUCCAGGGGCUGGACUACUGCAAGCCCACCCGCCUGGACUUGCUGUUGGACAUGCCUUCGGUAUCCUAUGAUGUCCAGUUGCUACAUUCGUGGAAUAACGACGACCGGUCGCUGAAUGUAUUUGUGAAGGAAGAUGACAAACUAAUAUUUCACCGGCAUCCGGUGGCUCAGAGCACAGACGCCAUUCGAGGCAAAGUCGGAUAUACCCGAGGACUGCACGUGUGGCAGAUUACGUGGGCAAUGAGACAGCGGGGCACGCAUGCGGUGGUCGGCGUGGCGACGUCAGACGCACCCCUGCAUUCUGUAGGGUACACGACGCUUGUAGGAAAUAACCAUGAAUCUUGGGGCUGGGACCUUGGGCGAAACAGACUGUACCACGACGGGAAGAACCAGCCAAGUAAAACCUACCCUGCCUUCUUGGAACCGGAUGAGACUUUUAUAGUGCCAGACUCUUUCCUGGUGGUCCUGGACAUGGAUGAUGGGACCUUGAGCUUCAUUGUAGAUGGACAAUACAUGGGCGUUGCUUUUCGAGGGCUCAAAGGGAAAAAACUGUAUCCAGUUGUAAGUGCUGUGUGGGGGCACUGUGAAAUACGGAUGCGCUACUUGAAUGGGCUUGACCCGGAACCACUGCCUCUGAUGGAUCUGUGCCGGCGUGCUGUGAGGCUGGCCUUGGGCAAGGAAAGACUGAAUGAGAUCCAUUCGCUGCCACUGCCAGCAUCCCUCAAGAGCUACCUUCUUUACCAAUGAUCUUGUGGAAGGACAUUGUUUAAGAGCUGAAACCAGGGCAUAUGAUUUGGCACCAACCUGCUUAGACAGCGGUCUUGACACCUUCCCCUCUGCCUCUCCGUUGCUAGUGACAGACCUUCUUGGCCGAAGAACCUUCCUCCAAUGCCAAAUUCAAAUGUGCCCUUGAACGGCUGGUUCUGAAAUAUCCUUCUAUUGCAACGAAGAAAGACCUCUUACUGUUGAAGGUCGCUCCCCUGUAAUACUAACACCAACAUGCCCACUGCAGGAUCUCUGCAGCCCGUGCCGUUUUCCUCCCGACUCAUGGCAAGCACCUGUAGAGCGUCCGUUUCGAACUUGUGCAAUCCGGGAGCAAACUCUUGUCCCUGGCGUUGAAGGGGAGCGCGUGAAGCUGAGGGGAACGUGUGGGGAGUGGCACCAUGUCAGACAUCAGGGGCUAAGUGUGGGAAGGCACAAGGUGGCUAAUGAGAAAUGGGAUGGAGGGGGGUGGCCUUCUGAAAACCGAGGAAGGACGGCCUCAAUGCAAAGUUGAUGCCAAAAAACUCCACAUGGACACUUUUUUUUUUUUUUUUUUCCUUGGAUAAGGUGGUGACAUAGCUGAUGUUAGUGUCAGGAUGCUGUCUCGACUGUCACCAUCACUUUCAGGUCUCCCUCUCCAUUCCUGGUCACAUCUCUUUCACAGCCAGUGUGACACUAGUGGCAGGCGUGAAGCCUGGAGUGGGAAAACGAAUUGAGCAGCUGCUCAGCCUGCAUCUUCCCCUUCUUUUUCUUAUGUCGAUUCUAACCUGCAGCUUUAAAGUGUGGGGUCAGGUGGCUCCCCGGUGGUAGUGAGUUCCCCCCACUGUCAAAACCCUUUUGCGUGCAAUACGACCCUUGGCAAGCCAGGCCAGACUGGCUUGUGUUGAUCACAGAUCCUUUAUACAACUACAGUCCUCUCCUUUUCCAGGUUCUUAUAUAUUCCCUUCCAUGUUAGGGCUUUAAUAAUAUGUGCUGAAGCCUAUAGAGCUCCUGAAAUGGACCUGUUGGGGAGCCCUCUGUUUUUAUACCCUGCUUCAAGUACUACAGAUUGGAGCUUUCACCCUGCCUUACUUCAUCAAGAUAACCUCAUUGUGUGGCAGGAAGGAUGGUGGGUUUUUUCCAUCCCCCCCAAAAAGGGGAGGGACAAAAGGUGUGAGCAAAGUAGAUGCUGAUGGAUGGUAUGUCAGCCAGCCAGAAAUCCAGGAGGUGAUGUUUCACAUGAAGCCACUUUCUGUAACAACGCGGCAUGAUACUUUGCAGACAGCGGAGGGAAGUGGAUCCUGUCCAGAUACCAUGAGUUACCCCUGCAGAGGGGGAAUGAUUGUGAGCUUUUAAAAACCUGGGCAAAUGGGUUCAGGUGACAUCUUGCACAUCCCAAAUAAAAGAUUCUCACUUUUCUGUAGCCAAGAAGAGAGGACCCCACCCCACCCAAUUUAUCAUCAGGAGUUGCUCUCUCCUGGCCUUUCCCAAAAAAAACAAAUGAAAAAAAAACAAAACAGGCUACUAUGCUGCCUUUUCUGGGGUUAUUUUGCACAUUUCUUUGUCUUGAAAACACAAGUUUGGGGUUAUUUUGCUUGGAGUUUUUUCUUCUUUUUUUUCCUUCAGUUCUGUACAGGUACAAAUGAGUUUAAUUGUUGAAAAUGUUUAAUAUAUAUUUGUGGUGUAUGUAUAAGAACCAUGUUUUAAACAGCUGCUGUAGGGUACCUUUUUAAAAAAAAAAAUUACUUGUAUAGUAUAUUUUUAAAGCACAGAAUUGGUGCCAAGACUUGGUGGGGCGUAGUGUCCCCUUUUUUUUUUUUUUCUCUUUUAAUCUUAACCUUUGACUUUUUUUUUUAAUGUAGGGGUCUGUACUAGCUUCUGUUACAGGGUGGGACACAAAGUUGCACAAGAGAAUUCAGUACAUACAGAGUCAAACUGUAUUGCCUUCAACUCUACCAGCAUCUUCCAUCACCUCUGGGAAGUGGCCAUGUUCUGUCCUGUUCUAGUUGUUCUCUUCAUGCCCUUUUGUCUCUGUGUUUCCUCUCACAGUCCCUGGUGCAUUGCUUUUGUACAGUUUUUAAAAUAUUUACUUUCUAUUUUAUGGCUGUAGAUAAUAUUGAGUAGCCUAAUAAAAAAUUAAACUUUAUUAAAUAUCCA